GGGAUGAUUGAUGGUAUUCGGAGAUUUCAUGAACAAGAUGCUGAAGUGAAGAAAGAGAUCUAUUCUCGGGAUUAUUCCAGUAGAAAAGUGUUCUACUACAGCAAUUUUGAUCUGUGCCAGGGGCCAGUGACAAACUGGAGGGAUCCUUUGUGUUGUAUCAUGGCUCCUUCUCCUCCGGUCCUCAAGAACUUCCUGCAGUCUGCAAGUAUGUCUUUGGACAUAAUAAGUGAGUAUUCAAACAAGGUAAUGGAAUUAGGACAAGUACCGCUCCAACUGCUGUCAGAAUCUCUUGGUCUUGACCCUAAUUACUUGAGAGACAUUGGCUGUGAAAAGGGUCUUUGUAUGUUUGGCAACUACUACCCAGCAUGCCCUGAACCAGACCUCACAUUGGGCACAAGUAGCCAUACUGAUAGUGGCUUCUUUACUGUGCUGUUACAAGAUCAACUUGGUGGCUUGCAGUUGAUUACCAAUGAUAGGUUUAUAAGCGUUCAUCACAGAGUUCUUGCAAAAGCUGUAGGUCCAAGAAUUUCAAUGGCAUGUUUCUUCAGAACACAACUCCCAACGGAAAGUACCGCUGUCUAUGGACCAAUUAAGGAGCUGUCAUCAGAGGAAAAUCCUCCAAUUUAUCGUGAAACAACUAUAAAAGACUUCGUGUCACACUACUACUCUAAAGGGCUCAACGGUGUCUCUGCACUUGCACAUUUCAAACUCUGAAUUAUAUGCAUCCGGAAACAGUGUUAUGUUCUACCGUCAGUUAGGCUAGUAAUUUGAAGCACUGUCUUGUUGUGUAAUUUAAAUAUGUGAACUUAAUGUGAAGGGAUAUUGAUAAGUUUGGAAUUUCAUAAAUAUUAAUGAGAAAU